CAUGCUUCGCAAGAAAUGAAAUUAAUUGUAGAGUGAAGAGUCUAGUGGUUACUGUCAUGGAAAGACCCAUUCAAAGCUCUCCAAGCAUGAAAGAGGGUUCUACCACAAACGUUUCACCUUUAACGACGUCGAUAUUUCUGCCAACAUCAAUAGUGGAAAAUAGAGACGUAACAUCGUCGGUAUUCUUGUCAAUAUCAACAUCAAUACUGAAAGAUAGAGACGUGACAUCUUCACCAACGGCGAUACUUCCGUCAACAUCCAUAGUGGAAGAUAAAGAUGUGACAUCUUCACCAAUGUCAAUGCCUCCAUCAACAUCCAUAGUGGAAAAAAGAGACGUGAUAUCUUCACCUACCUCGAUGUUUUCGUCAACAUCAAUAGUGAAAAAUAGAGAUGGUUUUGCAGGGAAGCAAGGGGAAAAUGACGAGGACGAUGAAGUUGAUGAUGUAAAGAAACUGGUGACCGCGGCACUUAUCUUGGUAGUCGUGACACUAGUUCUUGUGAUUUCAGCCAUUCUUUACAUUAUUUGUGCGAUCAAACAUUAACUCAGAAGUC